AUGUCCUUUUCAAAGCAUAAGAAGCCAAUGAUCGACCUCAUGCGGGCCAUUCCAGCCCUUCCAGCCUCAGCUCAACCUCGGAAAUGGCUUCGGGGCACCGUUGGAGUCGAGGUACCGGACUCCAUCUCAAGCACCGUCCGCCAUGCUAGGGAUCGUAUCCAGUCCUUGGCGAUUACCGACAAUAGCAUCGACACCGCGAAUCCCUCGUGA